CCUCUUUAUUCGCAGUCCUGUUGUUCGGCAUUUGAAUUUAAAAUUAGCUAACUUGUUGCAGAUUUUUCUGGUUGGCCAUGGUGAUAGCCGCUGUCUCUGGAUCUUUAUCUCUGGCGUUAACGAAUUUGAACAGAUUUCUGGCCAACCCUACUGUAGUCUCUAUCCAGAAGGAUUUUAGGAACUGGAUGAAUCAUUUGCCCGCAGCAACAGGUUGUUUAAACGAAAAGAUUAGUUAUGAGAAGGCUAAAAAGUACAUAAAAAGUGAAUGGAAUGUUGAACCUACAGAUGAGCAAUUUUCCUACUUCUAUGAUUUCGUAAAAACAAUUUCGAAUACAACAUAUUUUAACUUGGGAGAGCUUAAGAGAUUUGAGGAUGAUAAAACACUUGCAGCUGUAGAUAUGGUAAAAUUGGUAACUGAGGUACACCCCGAUUUAUCAGGACAACUAGUAACAUUUGAAAAAAGAUAUAAAGCAAAAUGGAAGCUUAUCCUCACGGAACUUGGCAUUUGUAUCACAUUCAACUCAAAGUUUGCUAAUCUGCUGGAAAUAAGAAAUGCCGGAGUUCUAAAUAAUAGUGAGCCAGAAGAUAACAUUUUGAAGUGCCAUUACUUGAACCGAUUGUGCUACGCAAGAUACGAUUCAGAUCCAAACUACCCUUUGAAGUAUCACAUCCAUUCAUACUUAGACAUUGCUCACAUAAACUUGAACCAGUUUCACCAAGCCAAUAUCAGUGAUGAGGUGGAGAUAAACUAUAAAAUGACAGAAACAGAUGCUUCUCCGGAUAUCCGGUAUUUGUCCCCUACACAGAGACGAUGCAGGUUUGAUAAUGAGCCUUUGACAAAUAACCUACCAUACUACAGUACCACCAUAUGCUUUGUGAUGUGCCGAUAUGAAAUGGCUCUGAAAUUAUGCGGUUGCAAGCCAUUCUUCUAUCAUUUCUUAGAUGGAAAGACCUGUGACAUCAGAGGCUUGUUGUGCUUGUCCGGACAUGCGGAUAUCAUAACCCAAUCGCCCUUGAGAGUUGGCUGCAAAUGUGCACAGCCCUGCAACCUAAUUUCCUAUUUGCCUCAAAUUCCUAAGUUUACAAGGUGGCAAGUAUUUAUUUGAUAAUGUAUUACUAUGAUCUGGACAUAACGACAUCAUAAGUAUAGGCAUUUUCACGAUAUUUGACAGGUCACAGUAAAACUACAGGAAUAACUUCCAUACAUUCCAUCUGCAUCAUACUUACAUGUAUAUGAAAUCAACCUCUAUACACGUACGUUUGUGUAUGAAGGCUCACAGUCACACGUUUUUUAGUUUUGUCUCACCGUCUUCAAAAUUUUCUGAUCUUCCACAAACAUAUAUGCUUGUCACUGUCAGUAUGACAACUUUCUUGGCAUGAACGUCCGAUUUCAUUUUACUUCUUCAUCUUCGAUAUAAAAUAUAGCAAUGCCUGAAGAUGCAAUUACGAUGUCGAGAGUCUGUGUUUAAUUUUUUUUGGAAAGUGAGUGAAAGCAACGGUCUUCUAUCAUCUAAUGAGUAUGAAUGUGUGGAAGAGCUAGUUGCAGCGGCCUUAAGGAUCCACUUGCCCAGUGUGCAAUUUCCUUAGGCAAGUUAUCUCGGCACAUGGUACAGUUAGUCAAUCUGUUUAAUUAUUUCGUAUGACAAUGUGACGUAACCGGUUUUUGGCGGGUCACAGGAAUUACUUUCACUCACCCAUCUCUCUCAUACUUACAUAAGCAAUCAGCCUCUUUGCGCGGACCUUUGUGUUAACUGUGUUUUAGUUUUGUGCGAUUCAUGUUUACCCCUGUUGAUCUUUGACAUAAAACGUGCCUCUACAGAUGCAACUACAAAUUCGACCGUUUGUAUUAGAAGCAUUUUCAGCAAGUGAAUGAAAACUACCUUCUCCUAUGACCCAAUGCAUGUGUGUGUGCAAAAGAGAGUAACAGCUGUGUUACGGAUCGGCUUGCGUAGUGUAAAAUUUCCUUUAAGAAAGUUAAGCAUAUGAUCCCAUUAGUCAAUAUGUUUACUUAUUUCGUAAGAGAUUGCGACGUACCGUGAUGGAUACUCGUGAAAUCGGGUAUACAUCCGACACAAUACUGCUAAAAUUGUUAACACUCUGUAUCAUUAUGGUUCAACAAACUCUUUUAUGAAGCAUGACCAUUAAGCUGAUCUGAUGAUUGGCAUCGACAAAAUUGACCGUUCUUAAAAGUUAGGAACGGUUCUCAAGAACGGCCCAUUUUAUCUAAAUCAAACAAGAUUGCAGUUUUUUAGCUGCCGUAUUAGGC